ACAUACCUAUCAUUUCCCUAAGAGAUUCAGAGAAAGAACUAAGUUUGAGUUAAGUAAUUAAAUUUUUCUUUUUAUAAUUUAGUUGAAUGGCGAGGGCUUCAAAACCCCAUUCUGAUGCUGAUCCAAGGGCCAUAGAAAUUACCAAGGGAGGAAAAAUUAUAUUUUAUCCAAGAGCAUUGACCAUCACAUGGGGCAACGACAACCGUUAUUGGCGUUUUCUUCCAAGUACUAACUUGAAGGACCCGAAGUCGGCUGUGCAACUAUUGCAAGUGAGUUGGCUAGAAGUCACAUGUUCAACGGACAAAGUGGAAGCUGGCAAGACCUAUAAAGUGGGGUUUAAUGUAUCACUUCAACCAGAUGCAUUUGGGUGGGACGAUGUUGAAGUUUUCAUAAUGGCAAAAGUUGGAAAAAAGGGAAACUACUUUUUCAAGAAGACUAAUCUUGGGAAAAGGUCCACAACCACUAAAAAGUUUAGUGUUCCUGAUGAGGGUAAUUUGGAAAUCGAAAUAGUAGCACCACAAAGCUCCCCAGGAGAUUGCGGUCUCUAUUUUGGACUUUAUGAAGUUUGGAGUGGCAAAUGGAAGGGAGGCCUGCAGAUUCAUGAUGCUUUUGUUGAGAAAGUUUAGACUCCAAUUUGAUUCGAUACUUGUUUGAGUUAUUGUAUUAUUAAAUAUUGAAUUAAAUUGUUCUUUUUUUCUCUCUUAAUAUUUUUAAAUAGAUGUGUGAUUUUGUAUCCAAAGUUUCAACUUUGGUCCUUUUA